AAACGAAACUUCGAUGGUAGCGAUUAGUGUUAAAUAUUAUAUGAAUAAAUAAUGAGGAAAUUGCGCUUAUUGUUUAUUGGUGCUGUAAGUUAUAUACUUAAUGACGUAAUUUAAAUUAAUCAUUUACAAAAGGAUGUUAGGUAUUUGAGUUUGAGUGUUAGCUAUUGAUAUGCUAUAAAAAUGUAAGUACAUUUUAAGUACCUGUAAUAUAUAUUUAACAUAUUUGGUAAACUAGGUUCCUAUUUAUAUAUUUUAAGUGUCGACUAGAAUUGUAAAUAAAAAUCCAUAAUGGGAUAAACUUCAACUGGAUCGUUUAUCACAAAAAACUGUAUAAUGGAGAAGUUUGCUGUUGAUUUGGAUAAAGUACUCGAUGAAUUUGAGUUCAAUGAGGGUAAUUGUAUUGAAAUUGCAUAAAUGUUUGAUUGUUAUUUUUUAUUUGGUAACAUUCUAAUUAGUAAACAUUUAUUUUCAUAUAGAAAGGGAACAACUUGCUAUUUCAAAUGAACGAUCAAAUAUUGUAGCAGCAACACAGGUAAUUACUCAAUUUAAUAAAUUUUGUACAUAUAUUUAUAGGGUAAUUUUUCAGUUGCAAACACCCAUUUCUGGUAAAUUAUUACCAGCAGCAAAUUAUCGACGGCCUGCUUUUGAACCAAUAAAUUUAGCUGAUGCUGAUUUUGGUAUAGAACCAGACACUUCAUCUGCCAAUUUCGAUUUAUUGCAUAAUGGGUUUGUUGAAUCUAUUAAACCCGAAGAAAUUACGCCACUCGUGGAUAUUGACUUUCCUUCAAAUGAAAAAAAAGUUGACAGUAUUUUAGAUAUAAUUGAUGAAUACCAAUAUAAAUCAUUUAAUUCAAAUGUGCCACCAGAUCACUAUAAUGGUCAAGAAACUUUAAAAGACUUUCGCCCAGAUUUAUUGGAAUUGUAUGAUUCAGCUAAAGAUAGUGAUGAAAAUCAUUCUAUUGAUAAUGUCCAAAGGCUACCAGAUGUUACCUCUUGUCCUGUACUGAUUACCUCACCUGAUUCAUCUAAAGACGAUUGUACCAUAUCUAGUGAAUUACAAUCCUUAAAUACAUCAGAGAUUUAUGAUAUAGAUAGCACUAAUGCAGAUUAUUCGGAUGGAGAGCUUUAUAAAUGCCUCCAAGAAUAUGAAGAACGAGAAGAUUUAUUGUCAAUAAAUAAUAAUGGUAAUAGUUCGGCUGAUAUUUUAACGCCUCAUUCUGAAUUUUCUGAUGAAUUAAUUGAUGUAAAUCCAUUGAUAUGUGACGAUAGUGUGUCAGAAAUAAAAGAUACAUUAUCGUUUGAAACAUCAGAUGAUUUACUAUCAAAUAACGAUGAUGAUGAACCUCAAGAAAAUAAUAAAGAACCUCUACCACUUACUGAAGAAGAAAAAUUAAUACUUGAAGAAAUACUUGAAGAUACAACAGAUUUAGAUGUUGAUUUUGAGGAAAAUAAAACUGAUAAACAACUUGAAAAAGAAUUGGAAAAAAUAUUAGGAGUUUCUGUUGAAUGUGAGGUUACAAAAGCGAAAAUUCAAAAAGAUUUAGAUAAUCACAGUAACAUUCCAGAUUCCCCUAAUGUUCCUGAGUUAAGCGCAGAAUUAAAAUAUCAAUGUAAUGAGCCAAUUAAAAACAUAAACCAACAGACUGAAGAAAAAUUAUCACAAAAUAAUAUUCAAAAAGAAGUAACAGUUGAAGUUGAAGAUAAUACAUUUUUUUCAGAACCACAAGUUAAGUGUGAAAAGGAAACUACAGACUCUUUGUGUAGCAUAGAAUCAAGUGAAACCAUAUUAUUAAAAGAUGACAAUCAAACCAGUGUUAACACUGUUACAGACUCUUUAGAUUCUCAAAGUAUUUGUUCCUUACCUUCAGAAGUAAUUGGCGAUACUAUAGAAAAUUCAGAAGAAAACCGUAUACAGAGGCCUAAUACACUUGAUUUAAAUGGUUCGACAAAUUGUGAAACUCAAUUACCAUCUACAUUAAGCACGGGUAAAUUUGGUGAUUUUUAUUUUUUGGUUUUAUGUAAUUAUUUACAUAUUUUUCUAAAUUUUAGAUUCAGAUUGUACAUUAUCAUUGAUUGAUCGUCGACUUGGAAAAUUACAACCAUAUUGGGUACCAGAUGAAGCAGCAAAAAGUUGUAUGCGAUGUCAAUUGAAAUUUACUGUAGUUAAACGCAGACAUCAUUGUAGAGCUUGUGGAGAAGUAUAUUUAAAAAAAAAAAAAAUGAAAGAAUUAAAUAAUAGAUUUACUUGUAUUUAUUAUUGUAGGUUCUCUGUUCAAAAUGUUGUAAUUUACAAGCGCGUCUAGCAUACAUGAAAAAUAAUAUAGGACGAGUAUGUCUGCAGUGUUUCAACACACUUGCUAGAGGUAAGAUAUUUUGUGAAACUCUUCAUAAAAAUUAUCUCCUUCGCCUUAAUCCCAAGUAUUUGAGGUCAGCUACCCUCGUCUACUUGACUCGAUCCCUCACAUCAUCUUCGCAUACAUAUAUAUACAUAUUUUAUCCUCAUAUUCUCAAUUAUAUUCAAACCUCCUCUUUCCUCCUAUAUCUGUUUUCAUUGCAUUUCUUACUGCUCUAAUUUGUCUUUCCUUGUGGAAUAUUAUUAUACUAUUAACGUUUUUUUUUUAUUUUUUAUUUAGCAUCUCAAAUGGAACAAAAAGUUGCUACAAUCAAACAUCCAAACCCAAAUAAUCCUAUGGAAUAUUGUUCUACAGUUCCUCCAUUACAGCAAGUUAUUGAUUCAAAAAAUCAACCUGUGCCAUCUGUUUUAGUUCCGGUCAGUGUACUCAAAAGAGAAGGUAAACCAGAAUAUGUAAUUAAACAUUUAUUUUUACUUAUUAAAUAUGGUUGUUUUGAGUUUUAGUAUUAAUAUUAAAUACGAGUGUUCUGCAUUAUCAAUGAUGACUAAGUAUCAUUAUUUAUUAAUAAUUUUGUUCUUUGUUAAAGGAUAUUUUCCUAAAUCUAGCAGUAAUGCACUAUACAAAAUACAAAUAUGUAUCGGUUUACGUCUACACUGUUUUAUAAAACGUUAUUACGUGAAUAUAUGUCAUUAAUUUGCAUACUUUUAAAUUUGAUUUUAUUAUACUGUUACUCAUUGGUUAAUAUAUUAAUUUUUAAAGACACUGGAUUUUAAGUUUGCUCACAGAUUGUGAUUUUUUUCAAUUAUUUAUUUGGUAUUUAUAAGUUACUGUGAUUAUUUUUUACAUUUAAAUUUAGAUUCAUUAUUUAUUAAUUUAAAUUCCAUAUGGUGAUUUUAAUGGGAUACAUAUUUUAUUCGGAUCACAGACUAAGGUAUCUUAAGUCCAUGACACAAACUAUAGCGAAUUUAAAGUUAUCAAAAUUUAAAUUAUUAUCUCUAUUAGAUAAGUAGUAUUAUUAAUGAACUCAAAAUUCAAUAGAAAAUGUUGUGAAGUGUUAGUUAAUUGAUUAAUAAAAAAAAAUGCUUAAAAUCAAUACAAACAUUUACAUACUAAUAGCAACCAUAUUUUUAUUUUUUUAUGUUUUAACUGUUGCAAUGUUUUUGAUGUUGAGUUUUAACUAUUAGUAUUCAAUGGUGUUGAUUUUAGGGCGAGUUAAAUCAGAUGUUCCCAAACAGGUAAUGUUUAGUGAUGGUAUUCGACCAGGAGGUGAUUUAACAGAUUUAGAUGGAUCUUCAGAAAGGAUUUUACCAUUGCGACGACAAUCACGGUCAAUAAAAAAAUUGAGUCCAACUGUAAAUAGUAAGUAUUAUUAAGUUAAAUUAUGCUAUUAUUUUGAUAAUAACAUAUUUAAUUUAUUUUGAAUAAAAAAUAAUGUUAUAUAUUAAACGGUAAAUACUAAAUUUUAUAGACUUUUUCAUAGUUUCUUAAUAAAAAAUAAGUAUACCUACUAAAUAUUAUUUUUGUAUGUUUAUUCAGCUUUUAAAUCAUGUAUAACAUGUAUAAAAAUGUAUAUUUUGCAGCUAUAUAUUUUACUGUAUUCUCGUGAUAAACAUUUUUUAAUAGUCUAUUAAACCAUACUAAACUUUUUUUAAUAGUUUAUAAGUUUUUUUCUUUAGAAAAAUCAAAAUUCAAAAACCAAUUGUGUUAAUGUUAGAACUGUUUCAUUAGCUUAAAAUAAAUAGUGAAAAUUCAGAUUUUAGAAUAAUUAUUUAACAUUUCAUUUCUCCAUUCUUAAAAAUAAAAGUAAAACGAAUAAAUGAUACUGCUGAUGGGUGUGCCACUGUUGUAGGUGGGAAGUUGUGAAAGCAAAUUAUAUAAAGAUAUUUAAUUUAUAUAUAUAAGCAACUUUAAACCAUUGCUAACUAAAUACAAAUUUAAGCGAAAUUUGGUUAUACAAGAUAAUUCACUAAGUAUACUCACUUAUUAAAGUUAAAGUUGAUAUUUUCGAAUACUUAGAUCUUUCACAACAUUUAAGGAGUAUCUUGUGGCAGUACCAACUUAAAGAGGGUUAUUUUUUGAUUUUCCUAGGGGGUUUUCCUAAUAAUUAGGAAAAACCAAAAAUUACGAAAUAUACAUUUUUUUCAGAUUAUGAUAUCACAAAGAUUUCAUUGUUUUAAAUUUUUACGGCUUAUAUUUUCUACCAUAAAUAUUGCUUCAAUAGAAAAAUAUCAAGAGAUCUUUUUUGUUGAAUUUUUAGUAUAGUUGGUAACCAAGAAAGUCAUUUUAGAUUCUGAGUAGAGCGAUGAAUGUAUCAGUUUUACAAUGAUGUUUAUUUUUUUAUAUUUUUUUUCUUGUAAACAACUUUUAUACCAGCAAUUUGUCUCCGAAUUAUAAUGAUAACACUUUUUGAUUUUUUUGAUUUUUUCAGCUAUUUUUUAAUAAAUGGAAAAACGUACGGUAUUCAACAAAUAUUAUUAAAUAAAAAAUGUAUACAUAAAAAUUUAAUUAAUUAAUUAAUUAAUGCGUUGCCUAGAGUAUUUUCUGAAAUAUAAUUAAAAUCAACUGCCUCUAAUUCAAAUUUUGCUAAACAUAUUUUAGAAAAUAACCAUAAUAUAAGUUUUGAUAUUGAUGCAGACUUAGAAAUAUUAAAUACCCAAAAUAACAUUUACAUUAAUUCAAUUUUAGAAAAAUUGUAUAUACCCAAUGAAAUAAAAAAUAAUAAUUUGAAUAAUAUUUUAAAUGUUCUAACUGAUUUUAAAAAUAAUAUCCUAUAUCAAUACAUUUAUAAUUUAGAUAAUAAAUAAUAACCAAAUCAUUUUUAUUUUUUAACACAUCUAUGUCUAAUAAUAACCCAUUUUAAAUAAUCUCUCCUAUUAAAAUAAAUUAUUUCUAAGUAAAACGGCCAAUUUAUAUAAUUUUUUUUUUCUUAUGUAUUUCUUCAUUUAAUUUUUAUAUUCAGUCGUGUUUUACAUUUUGAUUGUGAUAUAUCUGAUGAAGAAAUUUUUAAUUCGUAUAAUACACUUAUCAUAAUACUCCAGGCAAUGCAUUAAUUAAUUAAUUAAUUUUAUUUUUAUGUAUACAUUUUUUAUUUAUGUAUUUAUUUACAUGUAUUAACCAUUUUAAUAAUUUUGUUUUUACUUUAUUAUUUUACUAAAUAAUAUUAAAGAAAAUAUAUAAUACAUAUGUAAUUAUUUUAUCACAAUAUGACAAGGCAACACUAUUAAUAGAACUCCGCUUAGAAACGUUUUUGUUUUUUGAAAUGUAAUUGAGUUUAAAACAUUCAUAGAAACUUAAAAUAUUGACAGAAAACCUAUAUUUAAUUUUUCCAGACUUAAAACUUUCAGAACUUUUGAGCUAUUUAUAGACAUUUUAAUUUUGCAAGUUUUUUAUUUAAUUUCUAUAUAUAUAAAAUUUAAUUAGCCGUUGUUACCAGUUUGCGUCCGAAGAAUCUGAUGCAGUAUUCUGAUGGUUUGACUGAUUUUAUUCUGUAUUAUUCUGUAGUUGCUUGAGUCCACUCUAAUCUUUCACAUCUGUAGAAGGUGCUCUACAUCCAAUUGAGGAAAUUUAACGUCCAAUGAUUUUUAACCACCUGUUAUUAAUUUCAACUUGCCUAAUUUAUUAUCUUUUUAUUGUUAGACAUUAUUCAUAAUAGCUGCCUGAACCUUCUCCAUUGUUGUAAUUAUUCCUGUCACUAUUAUUUCUACACUGAUUUGUUGCUCUCUUUUGAGUUCCUAUAAAAAAUUCGUAGUUUUCGUCUUCGACAAUAUUUUAUUCCAAUUCUCAGAGAAUUUGGGCCAACAGUCUGCUUUAAUGUUAAUACCACCGAAUACUGCCGUUGUAUAUACUUUUGUACCGUUUGUAUUGUUAGUGUUCAGUUCAACAAGAUAGUUUCAGGUCUUACUCUAGGUCUUCUUUCCACACUCUUUCUUGUCAAAAGUGAUGAUCUUUGUCUCUGAUUUGGUUCAUGGUCAACCAUUAUAUUGUUUUUUUUCUUCACCUUUCAUUUAAAAUUUGUCCUUCAUCUAUCUUUGUAACAAGCGCUGCCAACUACUUUACUGCCUUUUGCUGCUUACUUUUCUUCCGUUUAUUUUACUAAUAACCUCUUGGAUAUCUCACUAUUUUCCUGAAGAUCAUAUCAGUGUAGUUUUUGAGAUUUUAUUAUUUUGUGGCAUUGAUUUCCGUGUCCGUUUUCAUAGUGGUGCCAAAUAGGUCAUUCAGUGGCUGCACACAUUCUAUCAGCUUUGUCCCCAUAUCGACCAUCAUCUUGUGUGGUGGGAUUACUUACAGAGCCGUCUCGAGAGUUUCUAUCAUUUAUACCGCUAGUUUCAGUCUCUUUGAUAGGAUGCCUUUCUUUUUCUUCAAAUUCCUUCUCGAUGUGCCAUCACUGUUAAACAGGUCUUCUGCAGUCAGUGAAAGCGUUGAAGAUGUUUUUGGCUUCUUUCUGCUACCAGGUAGCUGGUGCAAUUCAUUGUGAAGAGAUUCAAUGGAUCUCUUGGAGACCUACUCCUUCAAAACAGUUUGCCCUCAUUCAUCAUCUGCAUCUUAAUUAUUAUUUUCUCCAAUAUUCUUUAAGGGGUUGGCCACUUCCAUUAGAAUUUCCCCAAAUAGAUUUAAUUUGUCAGCUAGAUUAUACGACGUAAGGAUUUUGCUGGUGCAACCUUAGCUGAACAUAAUUAUUUAAUCCUUACUGCUUUAAUAAAAUAAUAUCUAUUCUCAUAUCAUUCUCAAUCACAUAUAACCACUCCUUUUUCGGUUUCCCUCCCUCCAUCUUAACUUCUAUGUUCAUUUUCAUAAAGUCUAACAAGCAAAUACUCAGAAAACACUCUCACCACACUUUUGUAGAACUUAACUUUAAAUCUUAUAGGAAGUCUCUUGUUUCUUAAAACACCUGAUACUUCUCUAUACUUAAAAUAAUCACACUUAAUUUUAUGUUUCACAUUUCUCAUUCUGUUCUGUUCAACUGUUCUUUUGUUCAGAGAUCCUUGAUACCUAAAACUCUCAAUCUCACCUAUUAUGUCACCACUUAUUGUCAUUAGCUGUCUUGUCCUUAGUCCAUUUUUUUCAAGUGCUACUCUCUAAUCCUUAAGCCUAUUAUUAUUUUACUUAUUUCAGAUUUUCUCCUAACAAAGCUAUAUCAUCUAUAAACAUCAUGUAUCAUGCAUAUUCUCAUCUAUUGUUUCCCCCUAUAUUCAAGUCCUCCAAAGUCUUGUUUAGAACUCCUCAUAUCUGACAGAAUCUUUCAAUAAUUGUCAACCUAAUGCAAUCACAUUUUUGGAAGAAUUCUAAACUGCAGUCCAGUUAUACUAAUUCCAAUUUUAACAAUAAUAUCUGCCAUAUGUAUCAAUGAUUUUAUCAAAAAAUAAAAUGAUUUUACUUAAGUGUAUUUUGAAAAAAAUACUUUAAAUUCAUCAUGUCAAUUAUUCAAUUUUAUAAUUAUAAAUAUUCCGUAAUUUUUCCAUUUUAAAUAGAUUUUAAUUUUCUCAAUUGUAACAAACAAAAUAUUAACAGUUACCAUAAUGUUUAUAUUAUCUUGAAAUUUAAAUUGAUUAGCUUGUUACUAUAUUAUUUAUAUUUAAUUCACUAUAUCUAUAGUAAUAAUAUCGAUCUCUAACUAGUUUUAAUCUCUAUAAUUCGACCUUUUUAGGUGUCGUCCCAGCUAACAGAAGACCUCUAAAUUCCCAAACACAGAGUUACAUACCCAAUAUAGGACUGCCACCAGCAGCUAAGAGAGCUCAAGGUGAAUUAAAGUUUGAUGAUACUGAACGUCCAAUAGCCUUAAAUGACCCAGAAACUAUGUUUGCUAUCAACCCUAAUCUAUUUCUUUAUGUCAGGAGAGUUUAUUGUAAGCAUAAUUUAAUAGGCUAUAGUGUUUAUUAUUUAAUAUAUAAUAUAUUGUCUUUCUAACAGUGGACUGUUGCGUUAAACGUGAAACUUGGUGUAUGAGUACUGAAGGCCUUGCCUGUGUUGGUCAAGAUGAGGUGAUAAUUUUAUUGGAAACACUUCCAAACGAAAAACAUCCACCUCGUGAUAUAUUUUUAUUUGUUAAUAAUUUAUAUAAAAACGCUUCAUUAGGUAUGUAUUAUAGUUUUUAAAAAUAUUUUAUUAUUUGAGUUAUAAUACACGAGUUCAUAUAUUAUUUUAGGUGUAACUGUUAAUGACAUGUCAUUUACUGCGCCUGUUAAUUCUACAUUAUUAGAUUCUAAUAAUCAUGGUGGAUUUUUAUUCGUAAGACAAACAUACCAAUGUAUGCAAAAAUUACGUUUACCAUCGCCUCCUUAUUUGUUUGCUUUACUUGUUCACCAGUAAGUAGAUCUCAUCUCUAGUUUGUUAUUAAUGUAUUAUUUAAAAUUAAUGUUUAUACAUAGAUAGUUAAGAUAUACAGAAUUUGAUUUGAAAACUCACUAGGUUCGUGGUGUUUCACAUAUUACUUUGAUGAAUUGUGUCAUCAUUUUUAUGGAUGUAAAUUAAGAGUGUCAAAAAAAAGUUGAGAACCACUGCACUAGGUUACCAACUAAAAUUGGGUUGAUCCAUAUAUUACCACUCACAUCUCUUUCUUUCACUGUACAUUGUACAGCUUAAUUUUUAAUAUCAACCUAGUAUACUCUUAUUUUGAAUAAUGUAUUAUAACUCAGAUUAUUGUGAACUUAUAUAUUGUGUAUAUUUUGUUUUAGAUAUGAAACACCUUGGGCCAAAAUGUUUCCUAUACGUCUUAUGUUACGAUUAGGAGCAGAAUACCGUUAUUAUCCUUGUAUGUUAGUAUCUAUUAGAAAUCGACCAUCUUUGUAUACAGAAAUCGGUCAAACAGUCAUUAAACUUUUAGUUGUAAGUAAUUUAUGAUAAUUGUGACUUAAUUUAAAAUAUUUAUAAUUUAAGAUCAAUUAGAUAACAAUAAAUAAUUAUACAUUUUGUUUUCUUAAAAGGAUUUUAGGCAGUAUUCAUAUGGUUUACCAACUGUUAAGGGUUGCUACAUACAUAUGGAUGAAAAACAAAUUAUGGUGCUAUUACCACGAAACAGAUAUGAUCAAGUAUGAGCUUAAUACAUUUUUUAAUAUUAUUUUUAGAUUCAAAGCAUAGCAUAGGUUUAAAAGAAAAAUAUGUUUAUUUUAAUGAACACUAACGAUGAAACUUUUCCCCUAAUAAACUAUUUGAUAUCAAUUUAAGGGUAAGGGGCACCACUGCUUUUACAUUAUUAAUAAAUGUAAAGUGCCUAUACAUAUAACACAAAUAUAGUAAAUAAAUAUAUAAAUAAAAAUAAUAAAUAAAAGAAUUAAUGCGUCUUCUGGGGUAUUAUGGUAAGUGUGUUAUAGGUUUCGAAUUAAAAAUUCAUCGUCAGGUAUAUCACAGCUAAAAUGUAAAACGUGAUUAAUAUAAAAAACUAAAUGAAAAAAUACAUAGGAAAAAAAAAAUUAUAUAAAUUGGCCGUUUUACUUAGAAAUAAUUUAUUUUAAUAGGAGAGAUUAUUUAAAAUGGGUUAUUAUUAGACAUAGAUGUAUUAAGAAAUAUAAAUUAUUUGGUUAUUAUUAUUUAUUUUCUAAAAUGUAUUGACAUAAGAUAUUUUUUUUAAAAUCGGUUUGUACAUUUAAAAUAUUAUUAAAAUUAUUUUUCUUUAUUUUAUUGUAUACAUUAUGUAAUUCUUCUAAAACUGAAUUAAUGUAAAUGUUAUUUUGGAUAUUUAAUAUUUCUAAAUCUGUAUUUUUUAGUUUAAAUUAAAUUUUGCUAAACAUGUUUUAAAAAAUAAACACAAUAUAAGCUUUGAUAUUAAUUCAGACUUAGAAAUAUUAAAUAUCCAAACUAAUAUUUACAUUAAUUCAGUUUUAGAAGAAUUACAUAAUAUACAAUGAAAUGUACGAAUAUAAAAUUUAUAAAAUAUAUUAUUAAAAUAUUACAAUUUUUUUUUUAUUGUGCACAACUUUUCUACUAGACAUUUUACUCUGAUAUGAAAUUAUAGUACUUUUUUUGAAAGGAAAUCUGACUGGGGUUAUACUUUAGAGAAUUCAUUCUUUGAUUUUCCCUGGAAUUUAGAAAAUUAUAACACUACAAAUAAUGUAGAAAUAAAGAGUAAAUAAGUUCAAUAUUAAAUAAAUUAAUAUGUAUUUAAAGGAAAUAUAUAAAGUCUAUUUAAUUAUUUUAUUAUAAAAUAUCAUAUAUAUUGUUAACAAAGCAUCCACUAUUAAUUGAACUUCGCUCAGAAUCGUUUUUUCGUAAGCAAUAGUUUAUCGUUGCUUACAGAUAUACAUAAAUUAUCCAUAAUAGUGGCUGUACCCGUCCCUAUUAUCCUAGGACGUCUUUUUAUAUUUUAAAAAUUAAACCACAAGAAAUACCAAAAUUGUUGUCAAACGUUUAGGUUUUGUUAACAAAAAUUAUACAGUGAAUGCAGUGGCCUUUAUUAAAAAUUUUAGGUCUCAAGAUUGGUUUUGGCAUCCAAUCGAAGCCUCUUAGCAUUUGGUGCCAAUUUUAGUUCAGUUGCCGAUUCUCAUCUUGUAUGUGUUCAAUCAACUAAAGAUGAUGGAAACUAUAAUACACAAGCUAUUAAUAUACAUAAUAAACCUAGGCAAAGUAGGUAUAUACAUUAUUAUGAGAUAUAUUAUAUUAACUAAUCAAUUAAUUUAUGGGUUAUAUUAGUCACGGGUGCAAGUUUUAUUGCAUUAAACGAUGAUUUAGACGAUGAAGCAGGUACUAGAUGGCGCAUUGUAGAAGAUGGAGUUAUGGUUGAAAUGUCCUCUCAAAAGAUGGCAUCAUUACGUGAUUCUCUCCGCUCAAUGAAAGACUUUGAGGUAAACUGUGGAACUAAUGAUGAGCAAACUGUGAUAUUUCAUUGGACAGAAGAUGACAUUAAUUUUAAUAUAGGGUAUGAAUUAAAAAAUUAUUUUAAUUAAUCAACAAUGUUGUUGAAAUAAUAUUUUGUGAUUAAAGAGUUGUAAGUUGUAUUGAUGGCAGACCAUUAGAUGGUAUAUAUUCAAUAAGAGUACAUAAUGGAAUUGAUUAUUCAGGAAAAAGUCGUUUUAUUCGGUGGACUGAAGUGUUUGUUAUACAAGUAUGUUAAUAUAUAUUGUAAUUCAUGUUUAAUAAUAAUAACCCAUUAUCACUCACGCGAGAUAUAAAUGUAUUGUAUUUUUAUAGUAACAUAAUACUAACUAAUAAUAACACAUUAUCUUAAAUUAAUAGUAUAAAAAGUUUUAGAUUCUGAUAGAAUCGAGGAAUAUAUUGGUUUUACAAUAAUGUUUACUUAUUUUUUUUUGUAUAUAGUUUGUACAAAAAUUCUAUCAGAAAUUUUACUCCGAUUUACAAGUGUAUCAUCUUUUUUGAAAGGAAAUUUUCCUGAAGUGGUACUUUUGAAAGGUCAUUCUUAAAAUAAUUAGGAAAAAUGGGAAAAUGUACAAAAAUAAUGCUUUUAUUAUUUUCCAAUUUUGUUAUUUGUUGUAAUUCAGUUAAAAAUAUUUGUAGAGACUUGAAAUUUGGACAGAAAGUAUUUUGUUUUGUAAAGGAAUUUUAAUAUCAAAGUUUGAUGAAAAUUGUUUGAGUAAAAAUGUAUGAGGAACAAACCUAAUUUUUCUUUUUUCAACAUAUGUAUAUUGCCGAUUUAAGAAUGAUGGUGAAGUCAGAAUUGAGCAAACUGACUUAAGUUUUUGAAAUUAUAGCUUUUGGUAGUUCUAAUAUUACGCGAAUAUUAUAUGUUAUAAUAAUAACUCUAUAUUAUUUUCUUUAGAAUAUGUUUGUCGUAGGCUAAUGAUUAUACAUACUUAUUGCCAUCCUAAGGUUUUCGAGUUUAAACCCGAGUUUCGAAAAAAAAUGUUUGCAAUUAUGUUUCCCUUUUACCUAUACAUGGAAAAAAACAAAUACAUUUUAAGUGUACUUAAAGACCUAGCUAUCGCUCGCUCGGAUUAUUUUAAUUGAAAAAUACCUCUCGAUUUAUUGUGCAAACUAUUCUACCAGAAAUCUUGCUUCGAUUUUUAAGUGUUGCACUUUUUCUGAAGGAAAUCGGACUAAAGAGGUACCCGAAAGAAAAUAUGAAAAACGCGAAAAUCAAUGAUAUUAAACAAAUAUUAUUAAAGACAAUAUAUAAUGUCUAUUUAAUUAUUUUACUAUAAUAUGACUUACAUAUUAUUGACAAAGCAUCACUAUCUACUGAACUUCGCUCAGAAUCUUAACAAUGGUUUAUCAUUGCUUACAGAUACAAAUUAAUUUCCUCUCUAUAUCCCACAUUCUCAUCUUCUCACCAACAACAGUGGUUGCACCCAUUGUGUGAAGUAUAUCUGUUUUUUUUAAAUAUAUAUACUAUGAAAACAAUAAAAUAGAGAUGCCCUAAAAAUGACCAACAACCUCUAUCAGUGAGCAAAUAACUAUCAAUUAUCAAACUAUGAUUAUGUUAAAUUACCACAGCGAUAAAAAUAAUAAUAAAUACAGCAAUAAUCCCAAAAAUAAUUUCAACUAUAAACCAAUACAUUAUCAAAAGAUACUAUAAGUUAUAGACAUGAUGUUAUUGAGAUAAUUUUGAUUUAUGCAGUUGAAGUUUGUUUAAGAUGUAUUUGUGAGUUUGUCUGGUUAAUUACUUUAAUCGUCUUUAAAUGUAUACAAAUAUAUAGUAAAUAAUACCUAUUUAUUGAUGUUUUUUUUUAGAAAUUUGUACUUUUGAUAUUUGUAUGACUUACUAUACAAAGAUAUUUAAAUUAUAAUAAUUAAAUUGAAACGAAAAUUGGUUUUUAAUUUAAAACUUUUAUUAAAGUUGACUUAUACUAUACAAGAUUUUAAACAUUUUAAUUAGAAAUUUAAUACUUAAAAUAAUAAAUGUUUUUAUUAUUCAUUUAGUGUGAAGAAACAUCAGAUCGUGUCGAGGAACCACUAGACACUAGUAGAACUGCUGAGUCCAUAUCUAAGGCUACAUGCACUGCUUUGGUGCCCCUAUUAGAUUUAUUAUCUGCAGCAUCAUUGACUCCACUUGCCUUACGCAUUGUCAUUAAUCCAGAUUCAGUAAUUUAUCCUACUUUUUUUAUUACAUUUUAAUUGUAUCAUAAUAAUAGCCUAAUAUUUCAGGUAGGAUAUGAAGCUGGAAGUGGACAGACUAAACUACCUCCAUUAUACAUGCAAAGUUUGGAUGAACAUCUCGUUCCAGUAGUUAAUGCAAUAGCAAUUAAAGCCCAGCAGUCAUCAGUUGUAUUAGAACUAGUAUUCAGAGUUAUGGAACAUUAAAUUAAAAUAUGUUGUUUUUUUAAAUUUUAUUCCAUAGUUUGACCAUAUUUUACCCUUUAAAAAUAUACCAUUGUUCUCGGUAAAUUUAACUUUAUUCAAUAAUUUGUUUAACCAUGAUUACUUACCUAAAACCCCAAUAUAUAAUUCCCAAUAUAUGGGAAUUAUACAUAUUAUAUAUUUUUUUACUUUGUUUUAUUGUCAUUUAUAUUUACGUUUAAUGGACCUCACUAGAAAUUCAAGAAGACAAGAGGCGUUAUGUAGUUACUGCAUUCUAGAAACAAAUAGAACAUUGCCAUAGUGAUUAUCAAUAAAAUUUCUUGUAGUUUCCUGAUUUUGUUUUGAUGUGUACCUAAAACAUGUUAUCAUUUAUAAAUUCAUAGUAUACUAAGAAAACUGUUAAUUGUUAUCAAAAUUUAUUUAAUUUAGUGUUAAAAACAAAUUUAUAUUAGGUACUUUUGUAUUUUUAAUAGAUUACUUAUUAAAAAAAAUAUAUGUAUUGAUUUACAUAUUCAAUUAAAAUAUUAUUUAAUUUAUAUCUUAUAUUUCUAAAUGCCUAGUCCUGAUUAAUGGUCUGUGUUGUUUAUUUAACGUUCUAUUAAAAUAUAUUUAUGUAUUUCAGAAUGAUAUAAAAGCCUAUUAUUAUGAGUGUUAUGAUAUUGAACUAUUAACAUGUUAAUUGUUGGUCUAUGUUUUUUAAUUAUAAUUAUUUAUUUAGUCAUAAUUUAUACUAGUUAUAUAUAAGUUAUUAGUAUUGUUACCAUAGACAUAAAUUUAUAUGCUUAUGGUUAUUACUAAGGUACUAAUUAUAUACGUAGGGCUGUUCUUGCAAUAUUCCGUUUAGUGUUUGUGUUACGCUAACCAGCAAAAAGCUGUCAAUUAACCAAUGAUUAGCGCUAAUAAAAACUUAACAGAACACUGUAAAAACAGUCUUUGGCAUAUAAUAUUUUAGUUGUGGUUAUUAUUUAUUACAUUACUUUAUUAUUCUGUAUAAGUAUAUACUAAUUAUUUUGUUUAUUCCUGUUGGCUGUAAAAUAUAUCAAUUACUAUGUCAAGUAAUACCUGUUAAUAUACAUUUUACAUUUUACAUUAUUGAGUAUGAUCAAU